AUGCCUUCGCAGUCUCGCACAGCCAGCCAGCUCGUUUCCCGCGCAGACGCCGCGUUCGCCGAGGCGGCAAUCGUCUCGGGCAUCGUGGGCUCGCUCGCACUCGAGAUGACGACGGGCGAGGGGCUGUCGCGCGGCGAGCAGCUGGCACAGAAUGCGCUGGCGUCGACGGCCCUGUGCGCUCUGGCGCAGCUGUGCAAGGCUACGAGCGAGGCCGCCACGCGGCAGCUGUACCGGCUGCCCAACUUCUACAACAGCGUGCGCGACGACGGACGCGCGGGUGCCGAGCGCGCGAUCGGGUUCCUGCGCGCGCUGCUGCUGGCACCACUGGCCAGGGGUGCCGUCCUGGCCGGAUACGUCGCCACGCUCGAGUGGCUGCCGUCUCGGCUGAACUUUGCUCUGCUCGAGGGCAGGGAUCUGGGGUUGGGCGACUCGGGCGAGCUUCAGGACGUUCUGCGCGUGACUGGUCUUGGUCGAGCGCCGGAAGCAACAUUCCUGCUUGGGGAUUGCGCCGAGAGCGGCGGCGGUCCGGGCGUGCCUCUCGGGUCCAGAGUGCUGGCUGCCCUGCUGACGCGGUGCCGGAACGUGCGCGUCUUGAGCCUCGAGCCCGUCGUCGAGAGCGCGGUGGGCUUCGGCACAGACUACUCGGCAGUCAACACGGUCAUGUGCACUGGCCAAACCGGCGAGCACUGGCACUUGUUCAUUGGCGUGCUGGAGCGGCUCGAGAAGCUGGUCGUGCUGGCACCUGAGGCGAAUCUGAGGGUGGCAGACGUGCCUCGACUGCUUCUCGGCAGCGGCGCGGGGCAGGGAAUCGAUGACGACGUCAUCCUCCGUUACUCUAUCGAGGGCCAAGGCCUACUUCUGGGUAUGGGCGAGACGCUGGAGAGCUGCGGGCGCCUUGGCACGCUCGAGCUGUUCUGCGACCUGGACGGGCCCAACACGGCCGAGUCGGUGCGACACGAGUGGGAGAGCCUGCCGGCCACCGUCAUGACGGUGGUGACGCAUGGCCGUGUGAGCCUUUCACACGCCUACUCCAUGCUGCGGUACCGCAACCGCCCCUCGCCCGCCUCGGACCACCCCGUGCUCGGAGGCUACCUGCGCAUCCCCGCAGAGCAGUUGCAGGAGCGCGUGUACGACGGCCAGCGCGUGGUCAAGAUCCUCAAGCCCCGUUCCCCCGCCCGCCGCGCAGGCCCAGCCGUCAUCGUCCCCGACCACCCCAUCGACGACAGCAUCUUCGACCUGCUCGACCGUGUCCUGGUGGCAGCUGCCGGCGAGCUCCAGAAGGCCGGCUGGGAGCCGCCAGCCCCCCGCUUCGACGGCCCGGAAUUCAAGGUCGAGCAUGGAGAGCCGAAGCGUGUGUUGUCGACGGCCCUGUGGCAGACGCUGUACACCUCCCAGCCGCUGCCGCCGCUGACGACGCUGCACCUCGAGGCGAGCGGCGUCGGCCCCGUCGACGUGUCGGAGCAGGAGUGCCUGCGCCGCCUGCGCAUCACCACGUCCGCGCUGUUCGGCACGGCGACGGCCACGUCCUCGCGGUUCGGCAUCGCGCCGCCUGCAGCCACCGACGACGACGACUACGACGACGAGCCGCCGCGGAUGUUCAGCGACCUGCUCCCGCCCGCGCUGGAGCACCUGACGCUGCUGGAGGACUGGCACGACGUGGGCGCGGCGGGCGAGGACUGGGGCGUGCUGCACGUAGACGAUCUUCUGGCUCCGGGCGACUUUGCGGCUGCUUACCGGCGGGCUUUCAAUAAUCUGCGUCAGGGAAAGCGGUUCGGGCGCUGCGCUAAUCUCAAAACCGUCGCCAUGGUCUUGUCGCCGUCGUUUGCAGGGACUUGGCCUGACUGGGAUAGAGUGAGGCGCUUGCUACGUGGCGACGGUAUCAAGUUGACUGUCGAGGUGGCAUCUGAUGACUAG